GACACGGUGGUACAGCCAAUUAUCCAGACACUGGUUUCGACGUUCAUCCUCCCUGCUCAUUGUGAGCGCGGGCGCACCAAGGUUCUCUCGUAUCUGGAAGAUGAUUUGUUCUCGGCGAUGUUUCAACGUCUACACACCUUGGAUCUUGUCCUCAUUUCUUCUGUGGUCUGUCUCCCAUGCUCAACGCAUAUCGACUAGUGGCCCGGUACCCCCGCUGCAAUGGAUCAACUUGACGAACUAUCUCACAGGACAGUCAGCACCACCUGGGCUGAUAGAUGCCUCUAUUGGCUACAACGAAGCUACCCGAACUCUUCUGAUCUUCGGCGGAGAGUCAGCGCAAGGAAUCAAACAGUCGAGGACCUAUCUAUUGAACUUGGAUUCUAUGGAAUGGACAAGCCCGGAUCCUCCCGAUGGCCUCACGAGUACCCCUCCUGCGCGAAGUGCUGCUAUAAGCGGCUAUGACCUUGCUUCUAGCUAUCGUUCUGCGCACAUCAUCAUCGGAGGUAAUGGAACGAAUGGCGAAGCACUCUCUGACGUUUGGGAAUUUGAUUAUACCAGCACGUUCUGGUCCCCAGUGAAUAUAUCCCCUGGAGGUCCAUCAGGACUGUAUGGUGCCGUUGGCGGGAUUGACACCCGUACAAUGGCCGUUACGGUCGCGAAUUCACCAUAUCCAAACAACUCAUUCUACGUUGCCGGUGGUACCGACGGGACAACUGUCUUUCCUCUGUCGAACAUCUGGCGUCUGACUGUCACUGGGGUGUUGUCGUCGAAUAACCCGAAUGGAAGUUAUGGAAGUUGGGAGAACAUCUCACUCCCCAAUUCUAAUCUUCCAUCGAAAGUUGGCGCCGCAGGAGCGGUUAUUUCUCAAACAGCACAGCAAAUUGCAGCCAUCGGUGGAUGCGAUGCGUCUGUCCCGUUUACUCCCAGCGCAUCUUGCGCUGAACAAGAUGCGUACAUCAUCAACACGCAAGAAGAUACCUCUAGUACUGCCAGUGACUGCCCCGCACCCCGUCUGGGAGGGACGGUUGUGCCAGAUUUUAAUCAGAAUUCUUCCGACUUCACAGAGCAGAUUUUCUUGCUGCUCGGUCUUUUUGACACAUCACUGUGGUCGGAUGAUGGCGGUUUGCAGAGGGGUGAAGUGGAUGUUCUGAGAAUAGAUACAGGCGAAUGGAGCCGGGUGUUACCCGCCGGUGAUCCAGGAACAACGGGUGGUACACCAGCAUACCCCACGCCUCGUUCAGGUGCAGUCGGCCUCUCAUAUCAGGAGACACUGGUUGGUUCGCCUCGUAGUAAAGGCUCGGACACCAUCAUCUUCGGCGGCGUUGACGCGUCUGGAAACUAUUUAUCUGAAGUGUGGAUACUCAGGGCGUAUAACGCCCAAUUGACUUAUUCGAACGAAACUUGGUCUGGUUAUGUUUCCGGCGAGCUAGUGGGCGGCCCGAAUGCCACAGGACAAGGAGUCACGAUCGAAUAUAUGACUGCUUGCGCCUCCCCGCUCAGCCCGAAAGCGACUCAAACGUCUACCUAUGGCCCUUCGCCGACCACUACUGGCUCCGCAUCUCCUACAUCACCUACGUCGACGACACGAUAUGAUACUUCCGUUAUCCACAGAGCCCUCUCCCCAAUUUCGAUCGCUGUGGUUAUAGCGGCCGUAAUCUUUGCGCGUCUAUCAUCAUCUUCUGUCAAUGCGGCGAAUACGAAGGGCCAUGCUACAUUGCUCUACUCUUCGAUUAUCCUCGGUCUUGCUGCCUACGGAUUGGGCAUUGCUGGUCUCGUCACGUCGUUCACUUCUGCCACAGUCACGUCUACCCUAAUGAAGCGCUCAUCUAAUUCAUCAACGGUCUUGAAGACACCACAUGGCAGAGCGGGCCUUGCCUUAUUCAUAGCUUUCUAUGGACUGCUGCCCAUUUUGUAUGCGUUCAAGAUAUGCUACAAGCAUCUCUCGAGCCCUCCAAAUGCCGUCAAAGAAGAAAAGCAGAGGAAUGGUCGACUCCGCAUGGACUCGGCGGAGACCGCAGAGAAGGAGGUUCUGUAUCCAGGACGUGCAGGAAGCCCUGACGGGCGAAACGGGGACGCUCGCUCUUCAGAGGCAAGGCCGUUGGAAUCCCGACAACGUGUCCGAUCAUGGGGUGGACUGUCUUCUUUGCCCUUCGCCGGUCGUCGUUCCAGCGAUAGCGGCGUAGACAGUACUGGUGCCUCUUCACCGUCAAGAUCGUUCGAAGUCACGAAUCGCCCAGUUCGUACUCGGCGUGCUAGUGGCAAUAGUCUAGCCGCCUUUUCCGAUCCUCGUUCAUCUGGGGGACCUCGGAACCUUAGUGAUAUGAGCUGGUUUGAAGGACGACGCAGCAUGCCCCAAUUGGGACUGGGCGACUACGCACUUGUCAAUCAUAGAGCUGUAGAUCCUAGUACACCUGGAACCACGGCUCUGGACAUGACGAGCACAAGCGGACUGAUGACGCCGGCCGAACAAGUUCACAUCUAUCCCGAAAUGCCAAGUACAGUGGAUGGCAUCCUACACAUCCUAUUCCAUAUCCUGCUGCUUGGACUGUGUAUCCUAUCCCUAGUCGCGCUCUACUUACGCGCCCCGCUUGCGGGAUUCAUCAUCUUCCUGAUUGGCACCGUAGUAUUUUACAUCUUCCUCAUAGCUCUCUCGUGGUGCGGUAAGCCGCGGAAGUCCGUACUGUCCGCAGUGAUAGCUCGCUUGCGCGGCGUGCCCACCCAUCCACAACAUUCACCCAGCAAUGCCAGUCCAUCGCGAGCAACAUCAACUGUCGGACUGGAGGUUCCCUGCGUCGAAAAUCGCGGCCCCUAUCAGCACCAUCAGCCACCCUUCAGGACUACUAUGUCUGUGGGUCUUGAUGAUUACGCAACGUCGCAUGGUCACGGCACCACUGAAGUUGAGGAGGAGGACGAGGAGGACGAAGAUACUCGACAACAUAGAAUCGAAGAAGAAAUGAGUCGGCGAGACGUGUCGAUCGUUACCGUUCCAAAGCGAAAACUUUUCUUGACCAAUCCAGAGGUGAACCGGGGAUGACAAAAGGAUCUCCUGCUUAUGCCGUUCGUUUUUGCUUUCGCUUUCUUGCACAACAUAGCUUUUCAGUUGGUGGAUACCAUAGCAUUCAGGGCACCUCAUGUUUGUAGUCUCACGAUCAUUAAUACUGGACAUUCUAUCCUCCUUGUACUC